AUGAGUGAUCACUCAAUCACCAAGAGGACUAUUUCUGAUGUUGCACUUGCAGAUAUCCAGCCUGAUAAAAACAAUGUAAAAAUACAAGCAGAUGAAGAUGGACCCAUUCCGAAAAAAUCUCACAUAAUUCACUAUACACUAGAUUACAAGGCGUCUACACUUGCCAUUAAUUCUACCAUAUUUCAAUACUUCCCUGUCAAUGUGCUGAGCAAUUUUGGCAUGCUUCAUGCUGAUCCCAAAUAUGCAUAUUUUGACAGAACUCAAUACAUAUCAACACUCAGCUAUUUCAAAGAUCCAGUUAUAAUUUUUCCUGCAACCAUGCCGGUUUGGAAAAUCACUGACUCUCAGUAUGCUGGCCCAUUUCCAUGGGAUUGA